AGGGAGGAGGAUCAACCAACCGAUCAGAUCUUUGAAAUUCCUCUGAUUUGUCCAUCUGGGUUUUGCUGGGUUUAUGAUGGAGUGGAGGUACAGAGCUGGGUUGUUCCUAAUUGCUGCUGUUGUUGUCAUUUGGGUCACCUCUGCAGAAGUUACCCAGGGUAUAUUUACGGACUAUAAGCAGCCAUUUGCAGUAACAUAUCUUGGAGCUUCUCUUAUGGUAGUUUACAUCCCAAUAGCAUUCAUUAAGGAUUGGUUGUGUAAUUUUCUAAAACGCCGCUCCUCUAAAAGUGGUAAAAAUGCAGAAAGCAGCAUGAAUGAGUUUUCUGCUGGAUUUAGUUCUACUCUAAAACUCAAUGGAGUGAAAGACUUUGAAUUGGAAAUUCAUGGGUCCUUGACCAGAAAAGACAGUGAUGCAGACCUUUCACCUCAUGCAGAAGAACAGGCUUUGGUUUCUAAAUACAAAGAUGAUUUAAAUGUGCUGAAACAUGAUAAAGAGGUUACUACGAGGCAAAUUGCUACUUAUGGGUUUUACAUUGCCCCUCUCUGGUUUAUUACGGAGUAUUUUUCAAAUGCUGCUCUCGCGCGUACAAGUGUUGCAAGUACAACAGUAUUAUCCUCGACAUCAGGACUCUUUACUCUUUUUGUAGGUGCAUUCUUGGGCGAAGAUUCUUUAAAUGUAGCAAAGGUGGUCGCUGUCUUUGUUAGCAUGGCUGGUGUAGCUAUGACAACUCUGGGCAAAACAUGGGCCACGGAUGAGUCACAACUGAGUGCCGCCAACGGGAAACGCUCUCUUGUUGGAGAUAUGUUUGGUCUUCUCUCAGCCAUGUCAUAUGGUCUAUUCACCGUUCUUCUUAAAAAGUUUGCGGGCGAAGGAGGAGAAAGGGUUGACGUGCAAAAGUUGUUUGGGUAUAUUGGAUUGUUUACACUUGUAUCGUUAUGGUGGCUUAUUUGGCCGUUGACAGCGUUGGGCAUUGAGCCCAAGUUUAUGAUUCCUCACUCUGCUAAAUUGGAAGAAGUUGUUAUUGCCAACGGCUUUAUUGGAAGUGUACUCUCCGACUACUUCUGGGCACUAUGUGUUGUGUGGACAACUCCACUCGUUGCCACCUUGGGCAUGUCGCUCACCAUCCCCCUUGCUAUGGUUGCUGACAUGUUCAUCCAUGGCCGUCAUUAUUCAGUAGUUUACAUACUUGGUUCUGCUCAGGUAUUUGCAGGAUUUGUAAUAGCUAACCUUUCGGAUUGGUGCUCGAAAAAGUUGGGAUUAUAGCAUUUUAUCGAAGACUGAUUUGUUGGGAAGCCUGAUUCUUUUAUGGGGCCGUUUUCUCUCUUCCGUUCUGAACGGACUUCAAGUUGUUGAGUUUACGAGCAGGAAAGUUUGUCUUCAAUAUGGGUCGGUUGGUUUGUGGAGAGGGAGAGAAGGCACUGAAUAUAAUUUUUUUUUAUCAUACCUGUUUUUUCACCAUCAUGGGCAAUGAGCGUGGAGCCCUGAAGUGUAAUAAACCAUUGUGGGUUCAAAGUAAAAUCUCAUUUCACGCA